AUGAUCAAGAUUGUUGCUCUCGCGGCUUUGACUGCUGCCACUCUUGCGGUGGCGGACCCGACGGUCUAUCUCAUCCGCCACGGCGAGAAGCCCUCUUCCGGCAAUGGCCUGAAUGCUCAGGGCGAGGAGCGCGCGCAAUGUCUGCGCACUGUGUUUGGUGCCAGCUCGGGCUAUAACAUCGGUCAUAUCAUGGCUCAAACCCCGAAGAGCGAUGGCAGCCGACAGCGCCCGUAUGACACUGUGGAACCGCUAGCUGAGGACCUCGGCUUGACGGUUGACAUCUCCUGCGACCGGGAUGACCCGGAGUGCGUCGAGGACGUUGUCAAGGGCUACUCUGGUUCCGGCAAUAUCUUGAUUUGCUGGGAGCACGACGCUCUGACUGAUAUCGUCCAGCAGUUGGGCGAUGAUGAUGCGCCGACUUAUCCGGAUGACAGCUUCAACAUUAUCUGGACGGAUCCCUCGCCCUAUAACACUAUCACUUCGGAGACGAGCGAGAACUGCCCUGGUCUUGAUAACUAG